CCGGUAAACUCGUGUCUCUUUUCGGUCAGUCGCAUCGUCGAUGAGUAAUCCGUGCUGGAGCGGCAUCGUCGGCCACCGGGGGCUUUUCUUUUAAGCCGUCUUCGUCUCCCCCCAAACGGCUGCAGUGACCGAGGACGUUCCGUCUUCGAGCUCCUGAAUGUCAGCGCUGACCGAAACCCGCGCUUCGCCUGGUGCGGUGUGUACAUCUGCGGCUGCCGUAGAGGGGAAGGAAAACUACAGCCAACAUGGUGCUGGAGAAGAAAGGCUCCGCUCGGGUGGAGGCCGGUCAGCGCAGAGUCUUGGACGAAGCCACCAGACAGAGGAGACUGACCAGACAGCUGGAGGCUUUGGAGAAAGACAACUUCCAGGACGACCCCCUGUCCUCCCUCCCUCACCCAGGUCCAACCGCCCGCCUGCCUGCCUUCAGUGAGACAGAAGAACCAGAGAAGAAGAAGAGGAAGACGAGGGGCGAUCACUUCAAGCAACGUUUCAGGAAAAACUUCACCACCCUGCUGGAGGAGGAGAACCUGUCGGAGAAGCCGGAGCCUAACUACCUGUCCGCGGCGGCCCCUCCCUCAUCGCUGCCCCCCCGUCACUUCUGCUGCGUCUGCGGUUUCCCCUCUCACUACACCUGCACCACCUGCGGAGGGCGCUACUGCUGCAGCAAGUGUCUGUGCACACACAGAGAGACCAGGUGUCUGAAGUGGACGCUGUAACUCCCCCCUCGUCACCAUGGUGAUGGCGGUGAUGCAGGGGAUGCGGGCGGCUGGAUGGCCGGAUGCUGCCACCUCUCCGGUUCAGGACAGCUCAGAGGUUCCUGCACCCUGUGAACCGUUCAGCUGUCCAGAGUCCACCGGUUUUCUGUGAGAGCAGACGGGUCCAGACGCACCUGUGCAGGUAGACAAAAUAACCCACGCUUCAUGACGGACGACCGUCGGACAGCACUGCAGUGACCUGCGGCGUUUCCGCUGCUCUUACGUUCCUUUUGAACUCUCACAUUUUCACUCUUUCAUUUUUGCAUAUUUUUCUCGAAACUGUCAAAUGCUUGUUUAACCCUUCGACGUUAUUGCUCGCGCCGUGAAUUAUGGGAACGACUCUCAGUUAUUCCGUCGAGUUUUCUGGAGAAUAGAUCCUCUGAUCCUCUGAUCCCACUCUCACGUCUGUACAGCAGCUGGUUAGCUUAGCUUAGCAUAAAGGCUGGAAACGGCUAGCCUGUCUCUGUCCAAAGGUGAAAAAAUCCACCUAUCAGCUCCUCUAAAGCUUCACUGACUAACAGGUCACAUCUUGUGUCUCUAAUCUGUACAAAACCUUGGAGGAAAAACCAAGAAUCGUCCCCAUAAUCCACACAAACAAAGACGAGGUCCGCAAUUAGGUGGAUGGAGGUAACAGAGGACGCGUCUCAACGGAUCAAACGGUCCAACAGCACCUGGUGCAUUUUCUGUCAGCCAAUCGGGACUGGAGUGACAGAAAACCGUCGACUGUUUCGGUCGUAUUUUAUUUAAAAAGCUGAAACAUUCUCUCGUUGCAGCUCCUCAAAUGUGAGGAUUUGCAGUUUUUCUUCGUCACAAGUGAAAGGAAAGGGAAUAUUUUUGGGUUUCGGUCUGUUGGUCGAACAAAACGAGACAUUUGAAGACGUCACAUUGAGCUGUGGGAAAUUACAACAUUAUAAAAGGCAUUUUUCUCUACUUUCUGACAUUUUAUCGGCUAAAUAAUCAUCAGAUUAGUUGAUGAUGAAAAUGAUCAACAGUUGAAGCCCUGAUCAGGACAAAGAAAAGGUGAGGAUUUAAAUUUUUUUUUUUUUUUUGUUCUCAAUAAAUGUGGAGUUUGUGCUUGUUUGUAUGACGUGAAUAUCGGAUGUAUUUUCUUUAAAUUUGGGUCAGACAUUCUUGUUCCCUCCAGCAGUACCAGCAGGUCAAAGUUCAGGUCAAGACAGGAAUCCUCUCUCAGUCAGUCCACAUUGUACCGUGUUGGUGUUUUGUAAAUAAUGAAUAUUGUUGCUUGAUUCUAGUUUCAUCUUUUAUUAAAAAAAGGUCCGAUAUUUAAUCCCCAUGUCUGGAUGAUCUUUUCUAGUCUCAUUCAUUGCUGACUUUUCUGUUUGUUUUGUUUUUUUUUAAACA